AAAGAUCCACAACAAUAUCAUAAAAUUGACUACAUGGACGAUAAUUUGUCCUUUGUAAUAAUUUUAGAGACAACUCCUUGUCCUCAAAGUCAUGUUUAUAGGGACAACAUGUCGACCUUAAAGAAAAAUAAAAAUAGAAACUUGCUACUAUUGGGGACGACUACCGUCCCCAGUAUUAGGGACGACAUUGAUUUUGUCGUCCCCACAAGAAUAGAGGACAAAGGUAUUAGGCACCACAUAUUGGGGACGAAAAGGUUGACCCAAAAACAAUGGGACGAUUUUGCCUAUUUCUAGGGACGAUUUUUGUCGUCCCCAAACCUCCUCUGUUUUGUAGUGAGAUAUUUACUGAUAGGAAAUGGUUGAAUGACGAUUGAAUCAUUACUGUCAUGUCAUGUAUCAUCAAUGUUUUGCUUAGACAUUUAAUCGUCAAUGAGUGGCGGACGACUCCACGGCAGCCACCGGUGCAGAACUUGCUUAAUACGAGGAUAGUUUGUUUUUAUGGAAUACGAGGAGAGUUAAUUCCUAUUAUUUUAAGUGGGUAUGUUUCAUUCCUUCUUGGUAAGGACUAGUGCGGGGUAAGGUGGUGGGUUGUCUUUUUUACAUUAAUUAAGUUAACCCAUGCAGGAUCCGCCGCAGCAAAGUCGUUCCUUUUGUCUUGGAAUCUUUCCUAUUUUCAAAUGACAAAUUGAUAUGUGCGCUAGCUGGACCGCAAUCCAAACAUACUUGUUUCUUUCUUUGUGUUUAAUUUGUGCAAACACUACCCUACCCUAGCUAGCGAGCUUCCUAUUUAUAGUCGCGGCCAGUCGUAGCCAACUCCAGUUUCACGUUCACCAAUAGCCAGCGAUCAUCAAGACCUAGCUAAGAUAGAAAAACCAGACAGGUAGAAGAAAUUAACAACGUAGGUACGAUGUCGUCGGUGGUUCAAUCCAACGUAGCACUGCCAGCUGCGACUGCUCCGGCCGGUGGGGAACAACGUCGGAUACAGACAACCGAGUUCCACGAAACAGUGUGGGGGGAUCACUUCCUCACCACUACUCCUGCUGCGGCUCAGGCUCAUGAUGAGGGGAAUCCUGUCCCAGAUCUAGAAAAUGGGGCAUAUGAAGCUUUGAAGGAAGAGGUGCGAAGGAUGGUGACGGGUGAAGUUGAUGAUGAUGAUGAUGUGGCCAUAAUUCGGAAGUUGCGCUUGAUGGAUACAAUCCAACGAUUAGGCGUUGAGUAUCACUUCCAGAUGGAGAUUGAAGCAGCUCUUCAAAAUGUGUAUUUACAGGGAGGGGAAUUUUUCCUUGAGAAAUAUGAUGAUAUUGAUCUUUGCAAUGCCGCUCUCUGGUUUCGACUCCUCAGACAGCAAGGCUUUCGUGUUUCUACUGAUGGGUUUAGAAGGUUCAAGGACGAUGGAGGAAAGUUCAAAGAAUCGUUGGCAUCAGAUGCGCAAGGGUUGUUGAGUUUGUACGAGGCAUCACAUGUGGCGAUCCAUGGAGAAGACAUACUGGAUGAAGCUCGAGGCUUCACUACCAAAAACCUCAAGUUGCUUGUCCAGGAUCACAAGACCUCUUCGUUAUUGAAGAAGCAAAUCGAGUUUUCCCUCGACCUCCCUAUUUGGAAAUGUGUCCCUAGGACAAUUACUAGGCACUGCAUCGAAGUUUACUCUGAAUCCGACCAGCAAGCCAUGACCCAUAAUGAAGCAAUAAUCUUGAAGUUUGCAAAGUUGGACUUCAACUUUGUGCAGAGAGUCCAUCAGGAAGAGCUCCGCGAACUCUCAAUGUGGUGGGCAAGCCUUGACACGAAGACCAAAUUCCCAUAUGCGAAAGAUAGACUUACGGAGACGUAUUUCUGGAUCAACACAGUUUAUCACGAGCCCAGGUACAGUGUGGGAAGGAGCAUACUCACCAAGUGUGGAGUUGUGUCGGUCCUGUUGGACGACGUCUAUGAUAACUUUGGCAAUUACGAUGAGCUUGAGAUGCUCACGGAAGCCAUUCAGAGGAUGGAUAUCUCUGCCCUCGACGAACUUCCGGCCACUAUGAAGGAGGCCUACCGAAUCGUCAUCGUUAACCUGUUGGAAGAAAUCGAGCAGGCAAUUUCAGGAACUGGGCCCACUUAUGGCGUAGACUACUGCAAGCGAGAGUUGAAGAGAAUGUGCCGGUCCUUCUUGGGCGAGGCCCGAUGGCGCACCGAGGGUCACGUUCCGAAGCUGGAGGAGUACCUGACGCACGCAAACAUAACGGGAGGCUAUUUCUUCCUCUGCCCGUCCGCCUACUUGGGCAUGGAACCAGAACUGGCCACUAGAGAGGCCUUCGAGUGGAUAGCCGAUAUAACUAAUAAGAUGGUGAUGGCCUCCACUUCCAUCUGUAGGGUCCAAAACGACAUCAUGUCCUACCCGUUUGAGCAAAAGAGGUCGCACGUGGCGUCAGCCGUUCAGUGCUACAUGAAGGAGCACGGUGUCUCCGAGGAGGAGGCGACAAAGGCAAUGUGGGGACGGAUUUCCGAUGCCUGGAAAGAUAUGACUGAGGUGUAUUGCCAGAAACCGACCCCUUUGCCCAGAGCUUUGCUGUUGCCUGUCAUCAACUUUGCGCGGACCAUCAGUGUGAUUUACUUGAAGGCCGACGCAUACACUCAUCCCCAGUUUCUGAGACAACGCAUUGCUGAUCUCUUCGUCAAUCCCGUGCCGCUUUGAUCUGAACAAGCUAGCUACCUACCUAGCUGGAUUCCGUUCAGAUUAUGAACAAUUUCGUGUGUGUGUGUUUUUCUCUCUCCCUCUAUUGCAGUUUGUACUACUAGCUAGUCUGACUCUGCAGAGUGGUUCUUCCAUUCCAUGUGUGAGGUUACGUACGUUCUUCCUUGGGUGAUUGCUUCAUUGUUUUGCUUUCUUUUCCUGAGUGUACGUUUUGUUCUUGGACUUGGAUCUGUUUCAGGUUCAUUGUUUUCUUUUCAGCUUCGCUAAUAAAAUUUUCCUUUUGCU